AUGGGUAAAAUUGUUUUUGACAAUCCGAGGCAGGAACGCUUUCGUGUAGCGGUUCAUGACCGAACGGAUUUAACCGGUGCUGAUAAAUUUAAUUAUUUAUCAAAUCAUUUGGUUGGCAAGGCGGCAGAUACAAUUGCUGGUUUUACACCAACAAACGCCAACUAUGAUUCGACUGUUUCGUUGUUGCUGGAACAGUAUGGAAACGUCGAUAAGCUCGUCGAUCAUACGAUGCAGCAGCUGAUGAACCUUUUUCGAAUAAACUCUCGUCAUGACGUGACAAAAUUGAGGAAAUUAUACACAGACAUAAGAGCCCAUACAAGGUCACUUACCGCACUUAAUGUUCCAUCGUCACAGUACUCUAUAAUGCUGAGAAGUUUAAUUCUGCAUUGUUUGCCUCAUGAUUUAGUGAUCGAUUUUCAUAGGCUACAUCCGAGUAAGCAAGAUAAAGCUGCACGUUCAAUCGAAGACGAAAAUACAUCACUAUCGGUGGGUAUUAGCGAGCACAGUAGUUGUGGUGGUGAUCAGCUAAAUGAUAUUCUGUCAUUUAUUAAAGAAGAGAUCUCCUCUCUCGAAAUGGCCGAGCUGACAAAUGACCGGAGAACGAGAACAACAAAACUCGCAAAUACAUGUAAAAUGGCUGCUGGGUUACUCACCACUACGAACAUAGCUGAGUUUUGCUGCUUUUACAAAUCAAACAGUCAUUUAACGGGAAAUUGUAAAACGACGUUAUCGCUUGCAGAGAAGAAGACAAUUUUGAAAAGCAUGGGGUAUUGCUUUAAAUGCACCAAAAAGGGACACAAUGCUAAGCGAUGCUUCAAUAAACGUGUAAAGUGUUCUCUUUGUGGAAGUAAUCAUGCUACGUCUAUGCACGACCCAACAUACCGACCUAAAGCUAAAAAUAGAACAACAGUAGCACCUUCAACAACAACGGUAGCACCUGCAACAAACUCUUGUGGCUCAACAACAACAUUGUAUGCAUCAGCUUUACUGCAAACAGAAGAGGUGCUUCUUCAAACGGCUACUAUUAUAGCUUCGAGUAAUUCAAGUUCAGUGCCAGUACGAAUAAUUCUGGAUGGUGGCUCGCAGCGUACGUUUGUCAAAGAAAACAUUGUAGCGAGGCUGCAGCCCGACACACAUGAUACCGUUAAGCUACGUAUUUUACCAUUUGGAGAUUCUAAUAACUCUGAGCCAAAGCUCUUUAAACGCGUUCGAAUUAAACUACGUAGUUUACAUUCAGACGAGGCGAUCGAAAUCCUGGCUAUAGUCGUGCCAGAAAUUUGCUCUACUGCAUUCCAGUAUGUUCGUAGCACAGAAUUGGACAUCCUUGGCCUUAAGUUAGCGGAUACUUCAUAUUUAAAUGAAACGGAAUUCGAAAUCGGAAUGUUAAUAGGGGCCGAUAUUUACUGGUCCAUAGUAAAAGACGACUUCAAAAGAAUAACCGACAACCUUGUCGCCAUUGACACCAUUUUCGGAUGGACACUACAAGGGCCUAUAUCGACCCAAGGCACGUCAGUAACAUCUACGAAUCUCGAUGUUGGUGUAAUUGAGGACAACUCACUUGAAUCUUUAGUUGAUCGGAUUGAACGAUUAUGGGUUGUUGACGAUAUUACAUCAAAUCAUCAUAAGCUUCAAGUGGAUGAUAUUAUCGAAAAACACAUUCGGAAAAAUGGCACGCGAUAUGAAGCAUCAUUGCUAUGGAGAAACGACGAAUGCACUAUUGAUAACAACCGCGGUGGCGCUCUCAAAGGACUUCGACGUUCAUUGGUGAAGCUUAGUGAGGAUCCGGAAAAGUUAAGACAAUACGAUGAAAUCAUACGGGAGAUGAUUUCAAGUGGUGUUGCAGAAAUUUGCGAUGAAGCAGAAAAAACCAACGAACGGACUUAUUUUAUGCCACAUCGACCGGUGGGAAGAGGGGAGGAAAGAGAGACCACAAAAACGCGUAUUGUGUUUAACGCAUCAGCACGAUCUGGUGGUAACCCCUCAUUGAACGACUUAUUGUGGUCAGGACCAAACCUUUUACCAGACAUAUUAAAAUUGAUUUUAAACUUCAGGCUUGGCAAACAUGGAAUUACGGCCGAUAUCGAACGAGCUUUCUUGCAGAUAGAGCUGGCACAAAAGGAUCGAAAAGUACAUCGUUUUUUCUGGAUUUUAUCCUUGGAUGAUUUGCUUUCAAUAAUCAUUCUUCAAAUGAAUAGGGUAACCUUCGGAGUCACCUGCAGCCCGUUUCUUCUGAUUGGAGCAUUGUUGAAACAUUUGGAGGAUGAAUCAAUCAAUUUUCCUGAAACCUGUGAACUACUAAAAGAAUCGUUUUAUGUGGAUGACCUAAUCGUAAGUGUUGACGAUUUUGAAGAGGCUGUAAAAUUGUUCAACGAAACACGUGAAAUAUUGUCCAGAGCAUCGAUGAACAUACGUAAAUGGAAGUCGAACAACGAGAAACUAAGGCAAAUUUUCGAUACAAAUGAAAGCAACAAUAUUUCAAAACACAAGGUGUUAGGACUCAUAUGGUUUAUGGAAAUUGAUACCCUUGCAGUGGAUCUGGAAAAGCUUUGUCAACAGAUAUCUUUCGAUGUAGUAACGAAACGAACCAUUCUUCAAACGUUAGCAUCUGUUUAUGACCCUUUGGGAAUGUUAUCACCAUUUGUCAUAAAAAUGAAGCUCAUUUUCCAAGAGGCUUGGAAACAAAGUUUGGCAUGGGAUGAAAUUUUACCGGCAUCAAUGCUGCACGAAUGGAAGAAAAGCGUAUCCGAAAUACAUUUACUACGAGCCCUUACGAUUUCUCGCUAUGUAUUCGAUUCACCACAUCAAGUUGAGAAGCAGCUACAUAUUUUCGCGGACGCGAGUCCAAGAGCUUACGGAUCUGUUGCAUACAUCAGAAGUAGGAAUCUGGAUGAAAACAUUCGCAUUUCGUUUUUAUAUGCAAAAAGUCGACUUCGUGACAAACGCAUAACACUACCCAAAAUGGAACUAUGUGCUGAUCUGGAAGCCGCAAGGAUGCGCUGCUAUCUUGUUGAGAAAUUAAGAGUGAAAUUCGAUUCAAUAUAUUUAUGGACCGAUUCAAAAAUUACUUUAUACUGGAUUCGUAGCAGUAAAUUCCAGAAAGAUGUAUUCGUUUACAACCGAGUUCAAGAAAUUCAGCAACUAACCGCUAACGACAACUGGAAUCAUUGCCCAGGAUCAAUCAAUCCCGCAGAUCUAUUGACUCGGGGUGUUUCUGCACAAACUCUACUGAGUUGCGAGACCUGGCUUAACGGACCGUCUUGGUUAUACAACGACAUUAGUGAGUGGCCCAUAUCCGACCAAGAUUUCGAAACUCCGAUGACCGCAGUUGAUUUUUGCCUUUUAACUAUUCCUCAGUCGACCACUCAAUCUGACUGUGCAGUACCUGAUAAUCCAAUACAAAUUGAACGAUUCAGCCAAUACCGGAGGCUUCUUCGUGUUACAGCUUAUGUGCUUAGAUACGUUGACCUGCUUCGAAAGAGAGUAGGUUUCAAAGAGUACCUGACUGCGGAUGAACUACGGAGAGCAGAACUGUUCUGGAUAAAAAGGGUUCAAUUUGAAGUUUUCAAAGAAGAAGUAAAUGCUCUUAGCAACCGGCAAUUGGUUCCUAAGUGUUCGAAGAUUUUGUCAUUAAACCCUUAA